UUACUAGUAUUGUCCAGUUUUGUUAACUUAAGGAGACAUUUUCUAGCUCUGAGAUUUUACUCUGCAUAAAUCAUCCUACACCCGUGAACCUAUAGUUUCUUCGAGGGUUCGAUUCGAUGAAGGCUUCUCGAGUUUUAGCGGCUGCGGCGGCGAGAGUAGGACCGGCGACGAGGAAGCAAGUGUUAACGUUGACGGACGAAGCAGCAUCUAGGGUUCAUCAUCUCCUGCAGCAGAGGCAGAAACCUUUCCUCCGAUUAGGCGUUAAGGCGAGAGGGUGUAACGGUUUAUCAUACACCCUUAAUUACGCUGAUGAGAAAGGGAAAUUUGAUGAGUUGGUGGAAGAGAAAGGUGUGAGGAUCCUUGUGGAACCGAAGGCCUUGAUGCAUGUGAUUGGAACCAAGAUGGACUUUAUAGAUGAUAAACUAAGAUCAGAGUUUGUGUUCAUCAAUCCUAACUCGCAAGGUCAAUGCGGGUGUGGUGAAUCGUUCAUGACAACAUCUACUUCCUCGAGUGCCAAACAGAGUGGAUAAUGUUGCUGCACUAUCAUAUAACAUUGUUACCAGAGUCUUUGAGAAACACAAUGCUUUUACCAGUGAGAUUUGAGCUUAUAUUGGUCACUUACAUUACAUGUACAUUAGAAACAGUCUGCUUGCUUAAAGAUAUUUAUAAAACUAUGUAGUUGUGCUUGUGAUUUCCUGAGAACAAUUCAUGUAUUCUUUAUAACACGAAGUUAUAAUAAAAUGUUUAGAUUAUGUGAA